AUGUCGUCUCUCGACGCUGAGAUGUGGGCGUGGUACGCCUUGACGUUGAUUGUGGUGAUUGCGCGAAUGGCAUCACGUCGUAUGUUGCUCGGAUCCUUCAAGCGCAUGUUGGCAGAUGAUUACCUCAUGGCCGUGACAAUGGUCACGUAUACUGCGCUUUUGGCAAUUGUCAGCGUCCUCACACGAACUCCCACCAACCUCAUCAACCCCGACGACCACAUCGUACUCACCCCCGAAGACAUCAAACUCCGAGAAUAUGGAUCGAAACUGGUACUCGUCACAGAACAUAUGCAGAUGAUUACCCUUUGGGGCGUCAAAGGCUGUCUGCUGUUCAUGUAUGGCCGACUUACAAUGAGUUUGAAGCAAAACUUUUUGGUCAAGCUGGUAGCAGGCUAUGUCGUCGUUGGAUUCGUUGUCAUGCAGAUCUUGUGGUUUGCUGCUUGGUGCCGGCCUUUCAACCACUACUGGCAGGUUCCUCCUGAUGAUUUGAAUUGUUCGGCUGAGACCAAUCAUAUGAUCACCAACGCUGUCGUCAACAUCUCCUCUGACAUCAUGAUCAUCCUUCUUCCUAUGCCUGUCUUUCUGCAAUCUCAACUGCCGCUCAAGAGAAAGAUUAUCCUCUGCGGUGUCUUUGCUCUUGGAAUCUUCACCAUCCUCGCAGCAACGAUGAGCAAAAUCUACAGUCUUGGUGACCCCUACGGCACAGAAUGGUCCUAUUGGUACAUCCGUGAAGUCUCAACCGCCGUCAUCGCCGCCAACCUCCCUCUCACAUGGACCCUCCUUCAACGCGUCUUCCGCCUCGGUUCAUUCCACGCCAAGUACGGCAAAUCCUCCAACCAGCGCACUGGCGAAGGAACAUCUCGAUUCCGAUCAGCCUACGGAAACCUCAGCAGUAUGGAUCGACGACCCAAAAAGACGACUUUUGUUGAGCCUGGGAUGAGCUUUUCGGAGAGUCAAGAGGAGAUCAACGGGAAGGAUAUUCCUUUGAAGAUUUACCAGAAGAAUGAGGUUAUUGUUAAUAUCACUACUGAAGAGGCGUCGUCUGAUAAACGAUCGCCGUCACCGCCUGGCCAUACUGGGUUGGAAAGGAUUAAUUUGCGGGAGGCGAAUGCGCAUGGCGGUAGUGAGAAUGGGGAUAAGUCAGCGAAUGAGAUGGAGCUUGGUGUUGUUACCAAGGUCUAUCAUGGAGUAUAA